GUGUCGUAUUUGGUUGUUGAUACAGCGAUUACAAAAAGUCUUCACAGCCAAUACCAAAUUACAGAGUUAGAAUGGAUAUUGUACCCGACAGAAAUACGCCUGUAUCUCAAGUGAUAGUUCGAUGGGCUUAUACCGGGAUCGGCUUAGCUUUAUCCACCGGGGCAACAGCUUGGUUCAUUGCAUAUUUCGAAGUUCUGAUAUUGCUUAUGCGACCUGACAUUGUCGACAAGGAUAACAGAGCACGCAUCGUUCCAACGGUGGAGCUGCUGGACCAAUACGACUUUAUAAUAAUUGGCGCAGGAUCCGCAGGAGAUGUACUUGGGAACAGAUUAACGGAAAAUGCAAAGUGGAGCGUCUUGCUACUGGAGGCUGGACAUGACGAAAGACUUUUCUCUGAUGUACCUGCAUUGACCUUGAGUCUUGCAAAUACUGAUAUGGACUGGCAAUUCAAAACUGAACCUUCGUCGGCCUAUUGUAAGGGUAUGGUCAACAAUCAAUGCCUGUGGAGCAGAGGUAAGGCACUUGGAGGGUCCAGCAGCCUUAAUUACCUGCUAUACGUACGUGGAAAUCGAAGAGAUUACGAAAACUGGAGGGAUGCGGGAAAUCCUGGAUGGGGAUACGAUGACGUUUUACCGUAUUUCAAAAAGGCUGAAAACAUCAGGAUUCCCGAUCUCCGUGAAUCACCGUAUCACGGAACCUCCGGCCCUCUGACAGUUGAAAAUCCAAGGUAUAAGCACCCGAUACUAAGAUACUUUCUGCAUGCUACAUCCGAAAUGGGCUAUCGUGAGGUGGAUGUGAACGGCAAAACGCAAACUGGAUUUACCCGUGUGCAAACCACUACUAGAAACGGCCUUCGAUGCAGCACGUCGAAAGCCUAUCUGCGAUCCACAGCUGAUAGGAGAAACCUGCACAUUAGUACGAAUUCUCUGGUCCAUAAGAUUCUCAUCGAUAAAACGACAAAAACAGCUUACGGAGUUGAAUUUGUCCGAAAAAACAUGAGGCACAUUGUUCGUGCAAAAAAAGAGGUAAUACUCUCAGCGGGUGCGAUUCAAUCGCCUCAACUGCUAAUGCUCUCAGGAAUAGGACCCAAAGAUCACCUGGAAGAGGUUGGAGUUAAGGUUAUUCACGACAGCCCAGGAGUCGGGCAAAAUCUUCAGGAUCACAUCAUGAUUGGUGGGCUUACUUUUUUGAUCGAUCCACCGUAUGACGUAUCCACAUCAACUCAAGCACAAGUAACGGAAUUUCUGGAGGAAGCUGAAGGCCCGCUAUAUGACAUAGGCGUCUGCGAAGUAGUGGGUUUUAUCAGUACCAGGUAUGCUAACAAAUCUAUCGAUUCACCGGACCUACAAAUAUCGCUAUCUUCAGCCCCUCAAAAUAUGAAAAGUGAAGUCGUUAAGAAUACCUAUAGUCUCAGAGACGACUUUUACGCAUCCUUAUUUUCGAAUAUAAUUGAUAAGAAAGCCUACGGGGUGGUACCAGCACUGAUACACCCGAAGAGUAGAGGUUACAUUAAGCUCAGAGGCAAUAGUAUCACAGAGCAGCCAAUCAUAGUUCCAAAUUAUUUCGACCACCCGGAUGAUCUGGAUGUUUUGGUAGAAGGAGCCUUCUUUGCCUACAACUUCAGCCAAACCUUAAGUAUGGAGAAAUUGAAUUCACGUCCCAACUCUAACACGAUCCCGGAAUGCGCUCACUUAAAUUUUCCGUCCCGUGAUUAUUGGCGUUGCUACACACGGUUUUUCUCGUUGACCUCUUAUCAUCCCACUUCCACUUGUAAAAUGGGCCCAGCUGGUGACAAAAUGGCUGUAGUAGACUCACGCCUGAGGGUCCACGGUGUGAAUGGUCUUCGGGUUGUGGACGCCUCAAUUAUGCCAACCAUAGUAUCUGGGAAUACUAACGCACCAACUAUUAUGAUCGCUGAAAAGGCCGCGGAUCUUGUUAAGGAAGAUUGGAAUUAUUUCGUGUUUUCCGGAGAGUGCAAGAUUUCGAAUGUUGUGAGAAUUUCGGAAAACAGCUCCCCGAAGCUGCAGAACUAUCCUGACGCGAUAUUCGAAAAUACUGAUAAUUUGAACAACGAGUUACCGAUCAAUCGAGUCUCCAAAAAUUGCAAAUGUGCCAGUAAGCAUGCCAGUCGCAUUUGAAUUAUUUACUUUCCGAAAAUAUAUAUAUCUCAAGAGGAAUGAGAAUAAUUAUGACGUAAAACUGAGAAUAACGUCAAACUGAAUUUCUUCUGAAUUCAGAAUCUCUACUAAAAUUAUUAUCUCAAGAUGGCUUUAUGGUAAAAAGGCCAGAUUCACCUCCGACCACUUUACUCCCAAGCACAUCGCGUACAAUCUCAUUCGAUCCUACAGCACAAAUCGCCAUGGCAUUAUUCUCCUCAAGUGUUAUUCGACACAAGACGUUUUGGUUGACGUCAUUGCACGUAAUUGCAUUUUUUUACAGUAUUUCGCAGUAUUUGAGCGAGCCGAUAAUACGAAUCACAAAAACUGAAAUACUUGUCCUGCGGGACGUUGAAAAUGGAAAUACUCACCUGCGGUCAAGUCAACCAGAAUAUCAUAGUAGAAGGACGCCGUGUCAAAUAACACCCGUAGAGAAUAAGUCAGAGUCGGAUCAAACUUGUAUGGAAUCAAUAUAUUUUGAAUGUUUCAUGCUUAGAAUGUAAAAUUACUUGUAUUCCAAAAAUGUAAAUAUACGAUAGAAUCUCACUGCAUGUAUUCAUUUCUAUCGAUUGGAAGAUAUAGUAAUAUAGGCACGCGAAAUAUUCAAACACCAGACUCGACUGAAGGAUCAUCUGCGAAUUACGUAAAUGAAGAUAAAAGAGUGCCGGGGACCGAAUUCAAUAACGUAGACAUAAGUUCGACAAUUUUAAUAAACUAGUGUGCGAAAAAAAAGUCUAUACAUAGUUUAUAAGCAGAAUCUACCGGGCCCAAGAGAAUUUCUAAAGCACAUACGAGAUAAACGUACAAACGUGAAAGGCGUAAACGUGGUCUUAAUGUAAAUCGUAUGUACGUGAAUCAAUCCGUAUAAAUUAUUGUUUUUAUAAUGAAGAUACUGUCUUGUUUUAAUAAAUCAAGUUGGGUUCUCACUUAAGGAAAAUAUAUUCAAAACCAUUGCACAGGCAAUUAUCGCGGUGCAAAUGACGAACACAUCGACGUAGAUAUAAUAGAUAAAUCCUUAUCUAAUAAUUUUAACAAUGGCAAUAUUCGAACUAAUUUAAAAGUAACAAAUGCGAGUGGAAUAAAAACAAAAUGUGUAAAAGAAGAUGAAAUGUAAUUAUGGUAACGGCGUAAAUAUAAAAGCUGUUUAUUAGAACCAU